AUGUCUGAAUUAGAAGAAAUUCUCCGUUCAAGAGAAAGAACAGCCAAUCAAGCUGCAGAAGAUUGGCAAAGAGAUUAUCAACGUUUAGUUGAAUCGAGAAAAAGCUUGCAAUCAAAGCUGGACAAUUCAAAUAUCGUGAUCAGUGAACUUCGAACAUUAUUAGCUGAAUCACAAACAUGUAUAAAAGGAUUGGAAUCUGAGUUGAAUGAAACACUAACAACACGUCAAGAAGCUGAAGCACGUUUAUCAGCAAUACACAGUAUAUUAAGACGUUUAAUUGGUUUUCGUCAAUCACAAUAUACUAGUCAAUUACAAAGUUUAAGUAAACAACAACAAUUACAACAAAUGAGUGGUAAUUUUGACUCUAGUUUAACUGAACAAAUUGAUGAGUUGGAUAAAUCACAUGAUGUUCAUUCACAUUGGGAUUUUGAUGGUUAUCCAAAGAAUAAUAAUUCAGGAAUAGAUUUACUUGAACAACAAUUAGAUGGUUUCAGUGAUCCAGACACUAGAAGGUUAAAAAGGAUGGUUGAACAUGUAUUAAAUGGUCAACAAGAAAUAAAACCUGAUGUUGUAUAUACAUUUAGAAGUGAACAAAUGCCUAAACCACGUGCACGUGGUCGACGUCGAUUUGAAGCUUAUGCACAAUCAGAUCCAGAAUAUGAAUCAGUAGGAUCAAGAAGACGGGCUAAAUCAGUAUCCCCUAAACGAGCUACCAAGCAUGAUGGAUUCAUUCUACGUUCAACAUCCACUGAAAGAGCUAAUCAACAAAAGUUAAUUAAAAGUGCAUUGUAUUCACAUGAUGAAAAUGUAGCUGUGUUGGAUACAAAUUGUAUUACACAUCUUUCUGAUUGGUCUUCCAGAUGGUUAGAUACACUACGUUAUCAUAUGAAUGGUUAUAGAACACAUGCUUUACCAGGUUCUAAUUUAGAUCCAGGUGCUGUACGUUUAGCACUACGACGAUUUUUACGUCAUCUUGUUAAAAUUGAACGUGAACGAGAUGAUUUUGAUAUAAGAACAAGAUUAAAUGAAGAAAAGAUUGUCGAAUAUAGUCGACAAUUAAAUGAACGAGAAGAACAACUUAAUCAAAUGAGGACAAAUAUUAAUGAUAUGGAAAAGGGAAAAUUGGAAAUUUUGGAACAACUAAAUAAAAUGAAAAAUACAAUUACAGAACAUGAAAAUGAAAUGUCUAAACGAGAAUAUCAAUACACUACAUUACAUGAUCAAAUUAAAAGUUUAGAACUACAAUUAAGUUCAUGUGAAGCAGAAAAAAAUCAAAUACAGACACGUUUUGAUAAAUCAAGAGCCACUGAAAUGAAAUUAGAAGAGGAUAGACGAGAAUUGUUACGUUCACUAGAAGAGGCAGAAACACGCUAUACACAGGCUGAAAUUAUUCGACGCCAACUAGAAGGUGAACUUCAACGAUGUCAAACUAUGCUAGGUGAAUUGGAAAGUGAUAAAGAGAAUUUACAAUCUCGAUUAAAUUUGACCGGGCGACAGGGUACAGAAAUGGAAAUGAAAAUUUAUAAUCUUCAAAUUGAGUUAGAAAGAGCUACAAAUGCUUUAGAUCAAACUACUCUAUGUAUAUCUGAAUUACGAGAUCAAUUGGCACGUGAAAAAAUGGCAUACACAAAUUUACAACAAGAAUUAACCAAAACACAGGAACAUAUGGAAGCCCUACAAAAACGUGAAUUGAAUGCAGAACAAGAAAAGCGUUUACUACAGGAACGUUUGGACAAUAGUAGGAGCCUAUUGAAUGAUACCAAGGUUCAAUUACAUGAAAUGAUGGAACGUGUACAGAAAUUACAAACUGAAACAUCAGAUGCCGCUGUUAAACGCAGUGAAGUUGAAACACAAUUAAGGCAAUUAGAAAAAUUAUCUACAGAAUGCCAACAUACUAACACUGAGUUACAACUGAAGUUGAAUAGUAUACAAGCUGAAAACGUUAAUUUAACAGAGAAAAACGCCAAUUUACUGAGAAGUAUGAAUGAUGUAGGAAUACAAAAACAUGAAAUAGAUUGUGAAUUAAAUAGAGUGAAGAAGGAACAAGUUCAGUGGAAGAAAAUGGCAGAAAAAAUGGAAAGAGAAUGUGCAAGAGAGCAAGAACUAAAUACCACAUUACGUAAUGAGAAUUCAGAAUUGAUGAGAACUAUUCGUGGACUAGAAGAAGAAACAUUAAAUCUACGACGUGAAAUACAAAAGCUUCAAGUACAUAUGGCACAACAGGAUGAACAGUUUGCAGCUCAACUAGUAGAGGUUAACACAAAGCAACGUCAAGAAUUAGAAACCGAACUGGAUCGUCAAAGAAAUGCUUUAAAUGAUGCACAGAAGACACUACAGCUUAAAGAAAGAAGCUACAAACAACGCGUACGCGGACUUGAGGAUCAGAUUCAGCAACUUAAAGAUCAACUCAACCAUGAAGCAAGUAAACGCCAGUUACUUUACUUAAAGACUCCAUGUUCUAUUAAUCAAAGUCAACCAAGUUUAACAAAUUACGGAAGUUCGGUGACCCCAACCGGAUGUGAUUUGGCUGAUAUCAAGUCUGUUGUAGACUGUAAUCCUCAACAGGAUUCAUUUUUAGUGGGACUAUACAAACCAACUAUUGCACCCUCACGAUAUGACCCAUACUACUACCAAGUAACAGGUUCGAUACCUGCUCGACUCAAUCGAUCCCCAGGAUCAAAUCUAUCGGUAAAACCAAGAAGAUCAUUCAUUGAACCAAGAUCCUAUCACUCGACAACAAAAAUUAACCAUAUAAAUCCCUCAAUUCGAUAUCAAAACGAUGGAAGAAACAAACAAGGUCCUGAAGAAACCGGUAUAUCAAAUACAGUCGUAAGUCCAUUAGAACAAUCCUCUUUGCCACGGACACCAAUCGCUGCCAGUCGCACUACAUGGCGUGAGUCAAGAGACAGCUCGGCUACACUAAAUCGUAGUACAAGUGACUCUACAAUACGUCGACGAGAACCUCAACCAUAA